CAUAUAUCCAAUCCAGCUACCUUACGCCUACAUUGCAUGAGCACCUUGAAAAAGCCCCCGGAGAAGCCCUAGUUGCCAUCCGCACACGGAAGAGCUAGCAUACGCUCGACAUCCAUUCGUCCCGCAUGUUAGUGGGGUGGUGGUGUCGUUGUUAGUGUUUUCCGCGGGCUUUUAGGAUCCAAGGCCGUCGAAUCUUUACUUCCUCUACGCCAACUUCUUAUUUUUUUCCCUUUUUUUUUCCUUUUUUAUUUUUUUAAAUAUACGGAGUACUCCGUAUACGGAGAAUAUAUAUUUUCAAGACAACAGGGCCAGACGCCGCGAUUGUGGGGAAGUCAUUGGCUUUUGGAUCUUGCACGAAACUGGCCAGGCCUGACAAGGAAAAAGGGGGCCGAGGAGCAAUCUGAUUUUGUGGCUGGCGAACACGAUGACGUUGCAAUCCUGCAACAAAAAAAAAGUCUCAUUUGCAUGGCAUCUCACCUGUCCCAUGCGAUUGCAGCCUUUCGUCACCCCCCGGUAAUGGGGACAAAUUGACACCUGAUGAUGUGAAAUUUGACUGGCUUGCUUCCCAUGAAUGCCAGUCCAGACUUCGCGCUGUGGAAUUUAACUGCCCAAUGGGAGCAUGGGGGUAUGUCAUUCAGGGGGGAGGGCAAGAGGGUGGUGGCUGAGUGGCAAUAGCCCUGUGAAAAGCCCUACGGAGGAAAUCUGGAGCCUUUGAUGUAGGAGAAUACAUCCACUCAAUGUUGGAGAGUCGUGGAUGAUAAAUAAAGGGCAGAGCCACGGCAGGCCGUUGAUGUACACAUGUAUCUCGUUACCUGCGAAGGGGCAGUGGAAAAGGAGGCUUUUUCAUUUCAUUUCAUUUCUUUUUCUUUUUCUUCUCUCCUUUUACUUUUUUCUUUCUUUUUCUUUUGUUUUUCUUUCUUUUUUCUUUUUCCGACUUUGUUCUUUUUUUUCUAGAAAGAACCGGAUGCCUUCGUGUUCUGGAUCUUCUCGUAAAAGGGGGCUUGCGCCCUUUGGGGAAAUUGGGAUAUUCAGCCUGACUACGAUGGAGACUUUUACUUUUGUCUACCAACGCAGAACUCGCUGAGAUGGAAUCAUGUAGAUAAGUAGUUAUUCUGCAGGAGUGAGGUAGUUAAGUAUCGUAGAGCAGCGGGCUUGGCGACGAAUGCGGCCAGUUUCGGAGGAUCAGCACUCGAUUUGCCUGUGGAUACCGGCGAUGACGUCGAAAGAAAAGCGGACGCGAACAUCGAUCAGCUCCGAGAGCUUCACAACAGCUGUCCGCGGGCCGGAUGAUUUCCAAGUGAACGAAGAAAGACGGGCGAAUCGUCACUCACGUCCCCCUCCGACUGAAAAAUCAGCCGAGCGUGACUGGCUCAAUGAAGCGAGAAAUGGGGGAUGGGACGCGGGCGACGGAUCAAGUCCUGUUUUUCCAUAUCUCCCUUUUCUCCACCGUCGACGGGCUGCACUUUUUUUUUGUUUUGGCGAAUAGGCGGACUCUCUCGCCCGGCGGCCGUCUGUGCUCCCCCCUCGGCAGCGCUGGAGGCGGCAAGGGCGCUGGCAGAUGCUCGUUACCAAGGUGAUGCUGGAGUUAAAACACACACACCAUGCGGGAUCGAGAGCUGGGUUCCCUUGACCAACGUCCGGAGUAAGAUAGUUAGUUACCUAGUGAGAUAACGGACAAAAAAACAACACUUAAAAAGCUGGGGGAGGAGAACUCUUUGCUUUCCUUUUCGUUCGGCGCCGAGAA